CAUCGAGAAUCCCGGAUCUCACAUUAAUUAUCACCGUAUCAAAUACCAAUUUUACAUACUAUUUCUUCCACUUUGCAAAAUUCACAGGUGGGACAACGGUAUUCUCACGGUAGGCAAGGAAGGCGAGUCGGCUCCUUUCCUGACCUAUGCCGAUCCCGAACCAUUCGGAAUCGGUUAUUUCGGCGUUUGCACCGCCUGGGGUGCUACUGGUGACUGGCUCAUCGAAGGUCGUAAAUCUUUGAACACUCCUAACAAGUUACAAUACAAGUUUCAUGCCGUGCGAAGCGGCUCAGUGCUGAUCGACGUGAAAGCUAAGAGCAACGGGCACAUUGCACUAACAGACCGGAAAGGCGAAUCGAGUCCCAUGUACGAGAUCAUGCUCGGCGGGUGGGAAAACAUGGCGUCGGUUAUUAGAUAUGAUCGCAAGCAGCCUGAUAAGGUGCGCGUGGAGACGCCAAAUCUUCUCAGCGAUCGCGAACAUAAGAGAUUCUCGAUCACGUGGCUCGAGGGUCUCAUCACGGUCAGAUCGGGUGGUCCGAACGGCGCCGUCCUUAUGGAAUGGCGAGAUCCGAAUCCCAUCGGUGUGAGCUAUGUGGGGGUGCGCACCGGUUGGGGUGCAACCGGAAACUGGAAACUCCAUUUCGAACAUUAUCCCGCAAUUGCUACCGGUCAAAAAAAAUAUCCUAGCACGACGCCAUCCGCACCAUUGGAAGUCCGCGGUCUCGAUGCAGGAAGCGUAUGUUGGUGCGACGCGUCCGGCGGGAUGGUACCACCUGACGCAGUUGAGGGUGGAAAUGAUGGGGAGCCUCUGUUCGUUGGAAGGGCUCACCACGAGGGUGCUCUCAUCCCCGGCAAGGUGAAGCCUAGUCAUUCCGUGUGCUACGUCGCCUGGGGCGGCGCUGAACAUGGAAAGACUGACUACCAGGUUCUUUGCGGCUGCAGACCCCAGUGGGUACCGGUAAGUGGCGGCAAUAUCCCACCAAACGCGAUUCCGGGAGGCGAAACCGAAGAUGGUGAGCCGCUAUUCGUCGGCCGCGUAAAUCACGAGGGCUCUGUGACUAUCGGCAAGGUGCAGCCUUCUCAUAGUGUAUGUUACAUACCUUACGAUGGUUCCGAGAUCUCCUUCUCCGAGUAUGAGAUCAUGGUCGGGCAAUAAUCAUCCUGAGAAUUCCUAUGGCCACGAAGAGAAAAAUUCGAUAGAAUAGAUUUGUUGUCGACUUAUCGACAGUUCUGCGGAAAAGAGAACUCAGCUUCGAAUUACAAAAACAUUUUUUACAAUCAUAUUAUACAAAAUAUAUGCGAGAAAACAGGAAAUUAUAGAAUCUCUAAACAUUAUUUAAAAAGUUCAUCGAUUUGGAAAGAUAAAUAUACAAUUAAUGAUUUAAUUAUAAUACUACUUUCUAAUCUAUCAACGAUUUGUGUUUAUUUAUUAAUCAAUACAACAAAAUAUAUUAAAAUACGGAUAAGCAAUCUCAAGUGUGCAAACUAGUCUAAUUACAUUAUAAGUUGAUAACAUUCAAAGAUGCUGUAGAACUGAUCGAUAAGCCGAAGACGUAUUGUUCGCUAUCGUCUACGCAAGUGUCUGCUUUUCGCAUAGAACAUAAUUGCAGUCACGCUAUAAAAAGAAAAAACAAAUCAAACGGCGAUAUAUGUAACUUGGCUAUAUACGUUAUAUGCAUAUUUUUUUAAAAUAGGCACUGAACAUUAUCUGGUUAAAGUGGUUGUUUCGUCGUUUCUCUAUUAGGACGACGAUUCAUAGAUACAUAUUUUUAUUCAAGGUAGAUCCAUCGUUUUCUAACGCACAAAUAUACAUGCUUUUUGUCAAAGAGUAUAUUUUCGAAUUAUGUAUCAUUAUGACAAACAGAUUAAACGUAUGAAAUAAAAAAA